AUGCAUAUCAAUGCACGACCUCUGGCAUAUAAUAUGUCUGAAAAUAAACCUGUACUUAAUUAUUCCAUACAGACAGGUGAGGAAUUUGCUCUCGAGUUCAUGAGAGAUAAGGUGAAUCUCAGGAAGCCUUCCUUUCCAAAUGUUGUGGGUGAUCCCAACUAUUCAGCAGGAUAUAUGGAAUUGAAAGGCAUUUUGGGACAUACAGGAUCCGAGAGUGGAUCUGAUAUAUCUGUGCUCACAAAGGCGGAAAAGGGUCUAAAAGAGUUUGACAGAAGGAACUCUUCUCAACACCAGGACAGAAGUAAUUAUGGUUCAGCUCGAUCAAUUCCUAGAACUUCAUCUAAUCAAGACAGUUACCUAGUCCUGCAUGGUACUGCCUCUUCCAGUGCUUCUCAAAACACAUCAAUGAAGAUGAAGAUUCUAUGCAGCUUUGGGGGUAGAAUAUUGCCAAGGCCUAGCGAUGGCAAGCUUAGAUAUGUUGGGGGUGAAACCCGUAUUAUUAGUAUAAGAAGGGACAUACGUUUUCAGGAGCUUGUGCAGAAAACAUCAUUAAUUUAUAGUGAAGCUCAUGUGAUAAAGUAUCAGCUCCCUGGAGAAGAUCUUGAUGCGUUAGUUUCAGUAUCUUCUGAUGAGGAUCUGCGGAAUAUGAUGGAGGAAUGUCAUGAUUUACAAGGCGGAAGAGGAUUAACAAAGCUUAGGAUGUUUCUGUUCUCUAUAAAUGAUUUAGAUGAAUUUGGCAUAGCUAGCAUUGAUGGUGAUUCUGAAAUACAGUAUGUAGUUGCUGUUAAUGGCAUGGACAUCGGUUCAAGAAACAACUCAUUCCUUCAUGCUGCAAGCGGCUCUACUAAUAACUUGCAUGAAUUGAAUGAACAAAAUAAUGAGAGGGAGACCAACAGAGUUUUGAUGGACUCAUUUGGUGUUAGCAGUUCAUCCUUGACUGACAACGUUAAAUCAUCAUUGACUAUUCAAUCAUCACAACCAAUGCUUCCAAUCUCCUCUAAUGCUCAUGAAACCCAUCCAUUGUUUUAUGAUGACCAGGUUAUUCACCUUGGGGAACCUAGUCAAUAUCCACUACAGCAAGGGCUGGUUCCUUCUAAUAACUCCGCUCGCAAUCUUGGAGAGAUUCCAGCUUCUGUGCCUAUUCAUAGUCUUGUUAACCAAGGGAUCAUGAAUGAUGGACAAGCAUCGAGCGAGUUGCAGGUACAAAUUUCAGCUGUCCCAGACAUGCUGGUAAAAAGAAAGGAUGAUAAUUUCAUUCAUACAGGCAGUGAACCAGGAAAGGUUUUCCCCUCGGAAGCACACUAUCCUAUUGCUUCCCUGCCAAUUGAGGAAAAUUUGCAUGCUAUUUUACCAGAGGCACCUGUUACAGCUGCUAUAUCAGAAGGUCUUCAUCCUGUACUGCCAUCAAAGAGCAAGGGUAAGCACCAGCAGUCCGAAGAUGCUUAUUCAUUAAUCGGUAGAACGAAUCCCACACAGACUCCUAAGUCUGGUGAAGAUGACUUCUAUACUACCACUAAUGCAUUCAUCUGUCCUCCAGUUGAUGCUGAGUCCAAUGUGAUUGAUUUCAGUUGCCUAGAACCACCUCCACUUCCCAACAGAGUCUAUUAUUCAGAGAGAAUUCCAAGGGAGCAGGCAGAUUUGCUGAAUCGAUCUACAAAGUCAGAUGAUGCACAUGGUUCUCACUUACUCAUGUCAGAUUUGCUUUCCGACUUCAACCAGAAUAAUUCAGUAACAGAAUCCAGUGACAUAUUGCUCAAUGAGAAUAUGUCAAAUCCGAACAUUAUGUCCAGCUCAGCAGCAAAGCCUUUGCAAGCAGAUGGUAAUACCAUUGAUGAUGGAUUUGACCUGCCACCGACAUACAAACAGUUGCCUGAUACAACAAAUAAGUUGAAGUCAAAGUUAUCACCACUUGUGACUUCUGAGUUGAGGCAAGGGUUAGCAGAUAAUAAGGUUUCCAGAAAUGAGGACCAGGUACUUAGUUCAGAAAACGAUAUCAAUCGAUCCAAAGAUGAUCAUAUCAUUUUCUUAGUUGAUGAAACCAAAGGUACUGGACCUCUGGCAUUUCAUCAGGUUCCUCCUAUUGAACAUUAUCUGAAUCCAUCAUCUAAACAUCAAGACCUCAAUUUGGUUGAGGCUUCUUCUAGGAGGGAAGCUGAUAACGGUAAUAAGGUCCACGCUCUGCCUUUUCCUUUAACUGGAAACACAGGCCAAGAUGUUUCUCAAAAUUUUCCCCAAGAAGCUAAAUCAAGACCUACUCAGGGCGACAUUCUUAUUGAUAUUGAGGACAGGUUUCCCCGUGAUUUCCUUUAUGAUAUGUUCUCCAAAGCAAUACAUUCUGAAGAUUCCUCAAGUAUUAGUCCGUUACCAACAGAUAGAGCAGUGAGGAAAGUUCAAGACGGAGAUAGUAAAUCUCAGCAAUUUGCUGCUCUACCUGCAGAUGGUGCUUUGGCAGGACACAAGGAAUACCACCUAAAUUUUGGUGGUGAUGAAAAUCAGAAAAAUGUACCUAUAACCACUAAAACAGAAACAACUCCGGUUCAACAGAAAUAUGAGCAUUCCCAACUAAAGGGCAGUGAAAAUAAGAACAUGGAAGCCAUAAUGGAAAAUAUAAGACCGCAUGAAUCUGAAUACCAGGAGGAUGACAAGAAUAAAACAAGGAAUGUGGCUGUAGGGAACUUUGACACCAGUACUGUGCAGUUCAUAAAGAAUGAUGAUCUUGAAGAGCUGCGUGAGCUGGGUUCUGGUACCUUUGGGACUGUAUACCAUGGAAAAUGGAGGGGAUCGGAUGUUGCUAUUAAAAGAAUAAAGAAAAGCUGUUUUGCUGGCAGAUCUUCAGAACAAGAGAGACUGACCAUAGAGUUCUGGCGGGAAGCUGACAUACUUUCCAAGCUUCACCAUCCAAAUGUGGUGGCAUUUUAUGGUGUAGUUCAGGAUGGACCAGGAGCAACAUUAGCGACUGUUACUGAGUACAUGGUGGAUGGUUCUCUCAGGAAUGUUUUGCUUCGUAAGGAUAGAUAUCUUGAUCGCCGAAAGAGGCUGAUAAUAGCCAUGGAUGCAGCAUUUGGAAUGGAAUAUUUACACUCAAAAAAUAUUGUGCAUUUUGAUUUGAAAUGUGACAAUUUGCUUGUGAACUUGAAGGAUCCUUUACGGCCAAUAUGCAAGGUUGGCGAUUUUGGCCUAUCAAAGAUUAAGCGAAACACCCUGGUGUCUGGUGGUGUUCGUGGAACUCUACCUUGGAUGGCACCAGAGCUGCUAAAUGGUAGCAGCAAUAAGGUCUCAGAAAAGGUUGAUGUGUUCUCUUUUGGCAUUGUCUUAUGGGAGAUUCUUACUGGUGAAGAGCCAUAUGCUAAUAUGCACUAUGGUGCAAUUAUAGGGGGUAUUGUGAAUAACACAUUAAGACCCACAAUCCCUAGUUAUUGUGAUCUUGAGUGGAAAACACUAAUGGAGCAGUGUUGGGCACCCAAUCCUACAGUCAGACCAUCCUUCACAGAAAUUGCUCGCCGCCUGCGUGUUAUGUCUGCAGCUGCUGUUCAGACCAAAGGACAGGGCCACAAGGCAUCUAAAUGA